UCAGCGACAUCGUCUGCUAAGUGCACUUUCCUGAUGCCAUCUGAAGGCGGCAUCCAAGAGAAGUCCUGUGAGGUCCCAUGGGAUCUGCUCCUGAAGGAGCUGCACCUUCUCCAUUGUCUCCUCUAAGACAGUGUAAAGGAAGAAUGAAAAAGGGAAAGAAGCAAUCGAUUCGUUCGCUGCACCUUGUGCGGCAAGAAUAAAGCUGAGACAUCUCAGUUGUUCCGGAUGGGGCAUGCCGAUGCUCCUUGGUUUCUUGACGAUGUGAAGUGUUGAGUCCUCGGUACUGAGGGCGAAACGAAGCUUCUCCUUCAGCUUUCGUGUCUCCUUCUGCUUCCUCGCGAACGCGGCGAUGGGGCCCUUUCGACUUGUCGCAAGCUCAUCGAUAAAGUUGUCGAUCAAGAGAAGGAGUAGCCAAAGGAAGAAGAGAACAUUGAAGAUGAGCACAGCUGAGAGGACGAGCAUGCGCAGUACGGACCGCCACAUCCCUUUUCCGUCUUCGGGCAGCCCUUGUUCGUCUCUGCCAAGGAAGACGAAAUGGACAAGGAGGACGGAGGUCAUCCAAGUCGCCAGACCCAGAGACUCCACACGAUUGAGAAUAUUCUGAAAGGCAAGAUACUGUUUGGUGCUUCACACCUAGAGUGGAUGCAUACCAGCCUUCUGAAGUCGAAUGGUUGACAGUAUAGCUGGAGGAUGAGGAAGAGGAGUGCCAGGACUCCCCAAGUCCGCAGCUGGAAUUCCGUGUGACCGAUGGCCAGCUGUGCUGUCGCUAUCACUGCGAUACGACGCACUGCGAAUAUCGAGUCCCAGAAGAAGUAUCGUCGCCUAUACCCUGCAGCACACCCAGCCUAUCGUUGGGGAAGCUAUCAUUUAGCGACGCACCUUGGUAGAGGAAGCCGUAGCGACUCCUCAUGUGCGGUUCGCUCAGUCGGCCGCGACGUUGACAGAGGAAUAUGACAGCCGCAAUAAUUGGUGCAAUCCACCAAAGCAGGAAACCGCAAAUGCCGAUGACAAACCUGCAUACGAGGAGUGUCAGGACUUGUUAAGUUACAGCUCGUCUCAUCGCGACGAAACCACCUACCACGGUAGAUGACGAGGCUCGGCACAGAAGUAGUCCGGGUAAGGCAGCCACCGAUAUGCACUCGGGUAGGGAAGCCCAUGUGGAUUGAAGUAGUGGCAUUGUAGAAGUUGCAGCAGGCUCUUGGUUGCCGCUGACGAAAUUAUCAGCACAUUAAAACGUGGAAUAUCUUCAGCUAUUCAGCUUACUUCGGUGGAGAAAAGUGAGGCAAAUAAUCCAGAGCGGGAUGGAGUCGCUGAUGAAUGCCUUCCACGAGUCUGAGGUCCAGCUGACUGGAAUCUUGCUCCAGCGCAACCUCGGUCGAUGGAACAUGCCGAAAAACACGAGGGGGUCAUCUGCCGCCUGGAAGAUACACACAAAGACACCUGCAAGAGCGUAUUCUCUGUACGUACACACCUUGACCGGGGACUGGUCCUGACUCGAAGAAGCUUCUUCUUCUUCUUCUUCUUCUUCUUCAGCGGGCGAUCCUCUUUCAGCUGUAGCUCCAGGCGAAAGGUCCGACGCUGUCUUGUCAUCUGGACGGGGGUGUGCCGUUGAAGCUAGGCGCUUCUUGCAUUCGCUGGCCACCGUCUUCACAGCGAUUUCAACGACACCUGCUACCACAGCUGCAAGGAAUAUGACGGAAGCUAGGACGAGACAAAUCAGGGCCACCCCUGAAUGACAGAAAAGGACAGAAAAGAACAUUUGUGAUUGACACUUCUGCAACGAGAGAACCCAGGGCAAACCAAGGAAGAACAAUUUCCACAUCUCUCCCGGCAGUACCUCGACACCACCCAAGGCAUCAGUGAAGACCCAAUCGAUCAGAUACAUACCAAGCCCACCCAGAAAAGCCGAUGUCGCACGUACGACGUCGGAUUUCGUAAUUUCCUGCCGACGAAUGCCUCUUUGAGUCAAGAGAACGCCGAACAAGGCUGCAUGCCAUAAUAAGAAAACGUCUGUAUGUGCACUUAGUGCACGAGCCUUUGGCCACUCAGCGCACCUGUGAGAGUGACUAGGAAAAACCAAAUAAGGGGUUGCACUAUCCAUGAGACAGACAUGAAGGCGCCGGACAUACCGUGAAAAGUGGGCUCAAUGACGCAGCCCCAGCGGGCGGCUGACAUGAAAAACAUGUAAAUCAUGAUGCAGACAAGCACAGGGGAUCCUGUCAUUAUACAUAUCUAGGCCUCUUGUCUCUCUUUGCUCACCCGGCAGACCGCCGUCGACCGUGUCAAACAACCCUUGGAUGGUUGACCACGUCUUUUUCACCAGUUGGUCUUGGCUCUUCGAAAAGGCGAGAACUCCCAAGCAACUCGUCUGCAGCCACCAAGUACUCACGAUACUUAAUGUGUCAUACAAGAUGCUCACCGCUGUGAAAUGUGUAAAGCCGAUCUUCACAAGCAUAGAGUGUACAGGGCGACCUUCUGUGGGCCUGUAGAGGGCGUUCACAGAAGGAACGAAUCAAAGACGUUUCGUUGUGUUCUUGUGUAUUACCGCUGGGAUAGAUAUGUAGUCAGGAAAAUCAUGCCGAUACUGAAGCCUAUCAAGAGUACUUCGGCGCUGGCGCUUGCUGCUAGCGGCAAGCAUUUCGUGCAGGGGCUGCUGGCACUUGAUCGUGUCCAUCCUUUAUCACACACUCCACACAUAAAGCUGCCGUCUCGAUACCCACUCUGAGACGACAGCCAUAUUCAGGCAAAAGGAUGCAGUUCAACUUGCAGUUCGAGUUGGUGUGCCGUCUGUGUGUGAGUCAGGUGUGUGUGUAAACUUGCAUCCUCAAAGAGGCAUUUGACGACUGCAGGUAACUCAGUUUUGCCAGCUUCGUAUCUGAGCUCAAGACAAGGUUGCAGCAUAGCCUCUACCUCGUGUUCCACUUCCUACGUGUUCCACUCCUUCCUUCCGUCGGCAUCCUCGGUGCAGGCCUGAAGGCACAUAAGGCCAUCAACCAUCAAAUAAAGCGCUAUGUGGCUGGACCAAUUCCUCUGCCAACCAUUCGAAUCCCGUCGAUUAUGCAGUCGUCGUUUUUGCAGGCACCGGCGGUUUUGAAUACCAUCUGCUGCUCUCAAGUGAAUCAAUGAGAGACUUGACCUGCUGGUUUCUUCCGCUUCGCCGUGUCGGGCCGCCAGAUGUGUUGCACUCUCUCGUCCUUCCCUGUACAGGUAAUAGCCCUUGUCGACUUUCACAUCGGCAGGAUGCCUCACAGGACUCGAGCAAUCCAGGCCAGGGAUGACAUCGCACGGCUCACAAGUGGGGCUCCUCUGGUUGUCUUUGGGCCGCCUCCUGCAAACACCACGCCCAAAGACGCUAAUUAAAAGGGUCAAAAAGCUGUCCUGCAUCCCCGCUGGCGUCCGUAUUUACUUGAUGUACUUCUCGUUGCAGUAACAUUCCUCCUGAGACGUGGCGUUUUCCGGCGAACUAAACUGCUCUCCGCACUUCUCACACUGCUUGGACCCUCCGCCUCCAUAUUCGCCUGCAGAAGAGCAGAAUCAAGAAGGAAUGCUGCAUCGUGAGAGAAUGCUGUCUUGGCACCUUUACGGCAUGGAUUGCAUUUGCUGGCGUCCCUUUCGUUCGGGAAAUAACCAGCCUUGCAUUCACAUUCGGUCUGGUCAGAAUUUGCUUCUGCAAACAGCAACAAAGCGAAUCGUUCUUUUUUUGUUUCCAUCUCAAUAGACUCAUUGGUUGCUCACGUGCCCCCUGUCCACAAAGAAUGCACUUCUCGGUGCCCACAGAGUAAUUGGAAUGCUUCUGUGGAGGGCACCUCUCGCAAACAGGGCAUUCUUCGCAAGGCGGCUCCACAUUUGUAUCUCUUCGUAUUUCGAAUCCCGGCAAACAGCGGCAUAGUCUUUCGCUGUCACUUUGCCAGUCCACCUGAACGCAACGGAAAAAGAAAUAAAGGAAACUAGGCGUUAUGCAAUUAUCGACCUGAACGACGUGAAUCGUCGUACACAGCGUGGUGCAGCUGAAGUUGCCUAGCGGCACACAGUUCUUGUCCGUUGAGCAUUCGUAGCUGCAGCUCGUCGGGGCGCAAUAAUCUUUCUCACAAACAGACACACACACACACACACGCACGCACGCACGCAGGCACGCAGGCAGGCAGGCAGAGAGAGAGAGAGCAAUUAUUGAGAGAGAGAGAGAGAGACGCGAAUUUCAGUGGAUAAAAAGGGAUGGUACUAGAUUCGCUGGGAUUUGGAACGAGGACAGGCUUGGACCUUUCUCUCGCGCUGUAGUCAAGAGCGUCACGACAAUCCUGCAACCAACGAUGCCAGGAAUGUGAGUGCAUGCAGCAGAUGCGUUUUCUAGUAUCUGCACCCACCGGAUUCUUAAUUCGAUUGCCCUCAGCGUCAAACACUGGGGUCCCAAUUAAGGACCCAAGGGUCAGCGCAUUUCGCCGGAAGUCAACUGAUGGUAAAGUCCACCAAGUAAGCUUCGCCUCAGCUGUAGGCUUAUCGGGACAAUUCAU